AUGGCUCGUCCCGCUGAAAAAGCCCGAGGCAUGCUGAACAAAUGGGUCAAGAUGCGCGAGGAGGGCAAUCAGCUGGGUCCGGUCCGUGGCAAACGCCCCCGAUUGGCCACCCAAUGCCAUCACUUGGCCGAUGCCGAAUAUUACCGCAAUCAAAUUUUGCGAGAAAUCACCGAGGACAUUACCAAGAUUCAAAAUCCAGCCUUGGGGGAACACACGCUACGAGAUUUGAACGAUGAAAUCAAUCGCAAGAUGCGGGAGAAACACCAUUGGAACAAGCGCAUCAAGGAAUUGGGUGGAUUGGAUUUUGCCAAGAUGGAACGGGAGCGUCAAAUUGAAGAGGGUGAUCUCCAGACGUCAUUGGAAGGCCCGGGAGGGUACCGAUACUUUGGAGCGGCCAAGGAAUUGCCGGGAGUCAAGGAACUCUUUGAACAGGCAGCCGCCAAGAAACGGGCACCGAAGAAGGGUGACAUUAUGAAGCAUUUGACACCGUCAUAUUAUGGUUGGAGGGACGAAGAAGACGGGGUCUUGUUAGAAUUGGAAGAAGAAUCCUUUCAACGGCACAAGAAACAAAAGAUGAAUGACGACGACGAUGAUUGUAAUGAUGAUGAUUAUAAUGAUGAGGUCAUCUUGUCGGGGGAUUAUCUCAAUGUGCCAUCGCAAGAAGAAAUAAGUGCAAUGCUGCUGGCGGAAAAGAAGAAGGCACUCUUGUCCAAAUUAAUAUUUUAG